CAUUUUAACCAUACGGACAAAAACUACUCUCAAACUCGAGUCAAACAUAUUUUCUCCUCCAUCCCUUCCCUGCGCCUCUCGUUUUCUUACUUCUACAGCCACAGUCUUUCUUUACACCUUCCCGUUGCUUUCGUUCCUGGUCAUCGCCUCCGCAGGCCGCAGCAAUCGUGCUUCAAGCUUGAUCCUCACCAGGUUAAGUUUUAUUAUUUUGAAUACUACCCGAACCCGUUUAAUCACAAAUUUAUUCAACCCAUGAAACCCGAACCUGCAUGAAACCCGAAGUAUACGGGUAUUUCUAAACGGAUUUAGGUAUUAUUGGUUUAUUCCUUAACGGAUUCGGGGUGGAUUCGGGUACUUAAAUCACUAACAGAUUCGGGGUUGGAUAGUCUAUUUCUAGCAGGUAGCUGCCCCGCUGCCAACCAUAUUACUGGUGAAUAUGUAACUAACAAACUACCAAUCUUCAAUUUUCUUUUCACAGAGCUUCCAUGGCUACUCUUAUCUUCAAUCCUACUAGAAUUCCUCAAAAACCCAUCUUCAAAAUCACUUCUUUUUCAAAAUCCACAAAAAUUUCCUUGCGUUGCUUUCUAAAACCCACCAAAACCAAUCACAAAUACCACUGCUUCCAACCCAACACGAUAUCCAAACUCUCAGUUUCAACUCAAGAAGAAGUGGAGGUUGAGAACUACGAAGAAGAUGACCCAACAGCAGAGAUGAGUUAUCUUGACCCAGAAACUGAUCCAGAAAGCAUUAUUGAAUGGGAAUUGGAUUUUUGCUCAAGACCUAUAUUGGAUAUUAGAGGCAAGAAAGUGUGGGAGCUUGUUGUGUGUGAUGAUUCACUUUCACUACAAUAUACAAAGUACUUCCCAAAUAAUGUUAUUAAUAGUAUUACUUUAAAGGAUGCUAUUUUGUCCAUUAGUGAGGAUCUCGGUGUUCCUUUGCCAGAAAAAAUCCGCUUCUUCAGGUCACAAAUGCAGACAAUCAUAACAAAGGCGUGCAAAGAGUUGGAUAUAAAGCCAAUUCCAAGUAAACGGUGUCUGUCACUACUUCUAUGGUUGGAAGAACGAUAUGAGACUGUGUAUACCCGCCAUCCUGGCUUUCAGAAAGGCUCUAAACCACUUUUAGCUUUGGAUAAUCCCUUUCCAAUGGAACUUCCUGAGAAUCUAUUUGGAGAGAAAUGGGCAUUUGUUCAAUUACCUUUCUCAGCUGUUCAAAGGGAAGCCUCAUCACUAGAAACCAGUUUUAUGUUUGGUGCAAGUCUAGAUUUGGAUUUGUUGGGAAUUGAAAUUGGUGACAAGACAUUGAUUCCAGGACUUGCUGUUGCCUCUUCACGUGCUAAACCGUUGGCAGGUCUAAUACUCCGUCUGAUAUAUUCUCCUCCUGGAUGAACGGACUGGAGGUGUAUUCAAUCGAAGCAGACACUUCUCGUGCUUGCUUGAUUCUAUCUGUUGGAAUUUCUACCCGCUAUAUUUAUGCGACUUACAAGAAAACUCCUGUAACAACAGCAGAGGCUGAAGCUUGGGAAGCAGCUAAAAAAGCUUGUGGAGGCUUACAUUUUCUUGCAAUUCAAGAGGAUCUAGCUUCAGAGGACUGUGUAGGAUUUUGGCUUUUAUUAGACUUGCCACCACCUCCUGUAUGAUUCAAUUAAAAGCAGAAAUCAACAAUAUAAUAUUUUCUAUCUCACUUAUCCCUUUUGCAUUUUUUUUUCUUUUCUUUUUCUUUAGAAAAUGAGUCUUAGCAAUAAAUCCAUGGCCCUUUCUUGCAGUUGCAA